UCUUUUCCAGCUCCGCUUAUCACAGCAGAAUUUGUAACAUGCCAUAAUUUCUUACCCGGUGUGUGUUCUCCCCGGAAAUCAAAUGUCAUUACCCGACGCGGCUAAUUUGGCGUUUCCUCCGGCUCUUUUGUUUCGGACCAUGCCCUCGGCGGGGACCAGCCGCACCUUCUCUACCGGAUCCUCGGCGUCGCUGCUGCUGCUGCUGCUGUUCGCCCCGAAGAAGCCUCCUAGGAUUGUCCGCUUGAUGCUUUAGCUCGCUGGGACUGCAGUUGUCAUUGAUCCGCUGCCGGAGCCUGCUCUCAUAGUAGAGGAAUACAUUCGCCAAGAUGAUGUGCGAGGUGAUGCCCACCAUCAGCGAGGACACGGCUCUGAACCAGCGCGGCUCUCAGAGCAGCUCCUCGGACCCGGACUCCCACUUUGAGCAGCUGAUGGUCAACAUGCUGGACGAGAGGGACCGGCUGCUGGACACGCUGAGGGAGACCCAGGAGAGCCUCGGCGUGUCCCAGUCGCACCUCCAGGACGUCAUCUACGACCGGGACUCUCUGCAGCGCCAGCUCACCUCCGCCCUGCCACAGGAGUUCGCUGCACUGACCAAGGAGCUGAACGCCUGCAGGGAGCAGCUGCUGGAGAAGGAGGAGGAGAUCUCUGAGCUGAAGGCGGAGAGGAACAACACCAGGCUGCUGCUGGAGCAUCUGGAGUGCCUUGUGUCCCGACACGAGCGGUCGCUCCGCAUGACGGUGGUCAAGCGGCAGGCUCAGUCCCCCUCGGGGGUCUCCAGCGAGGUCGAGGUCCUCAAAGCGCUCAAGUCCUUGUUCGAACACCAUAAAGCCCUAGAUGAGAAGGUACGAGAGAGACUACGGGUGUCACUGGAGAGGGUUUCCGCCUUGGAUGAGGAGCUCACAGCAGCCAAUCAGGAGAUCGUGGCCUUACGGGAACAAAAUGCUCACAUUCAGAGAAAAGUGGCUUCUGGGGACGGAGAGGACAUACUGGAGGGAAGUGAGGCUCAACAGAAUCUCCAUGGCAAGCGUCUGUCCAACGGCUCUCUGGAGUCGGUGCACGAUGCGGGUCAGGUGGUGGAGCUGCAGGACCUGCUGGAGAAGCAGAACUACGAGCUGGCCCAGAUGAAGGAGCGCAUGUCCUCCCUCUCGUCUCGCGUCUCCGAGGUGGAGCAGGAGCUGGAGACCGCCCGGAAGGACCUCAUCAAGUCGGAGGAGAUGAACCACAAGUACCAGAGGGACAUCAAAGAGGCCAUGUGUCAGAAAGAGGACAUGGAGGAGCGCAUUGUGACUUUGGAAAAACGCUACCUGAGCGCCCAACGAGAGUCCACCUCCGUGCACGACAUCAACGACAAACUGGAGAACGAGUUGGCCAAUAAGGAGGCGUUCCUCAGACAGAUGGAGGAGAAGAACCGGCAGCUACAGGAGAGGCUAGAGCUGGCAGAGCAGAAGCUCCAGCAGACCAUGAGGAAGGCGGAGACGCUGCCAGAGGUGGAGGCUGAGCUGGCACAAAGGAUAGCAGCCCUCACCAAGGCGGAAGAGCGUCACGGGAGCAUUGAGGAGCGAAUGAGGCACUUGGAGUGCCAGCUGGAGGAGAAGAACCAGGAGCUGCUGCGGGCUCGACAGAGAGAGAAGAUGAAUGAAGAGCACAACAAGCGUCUGUCGGACACGGUGGAUCGGCUCCUCACAGAGUCCAACGAGCGACUUCAGCUCCAUCUGAAGGAGAGGAUGGCAGCGCUCGAGGAGAAGAAUUUGUUAAUCCAAGACUCUGAAGGUUACAGAAAACAGUACGAAGAUUCAAUCCAUGUCAAAACACAUCUGGCAGAGGAGAUUGAUAAACUGAGAUCAGAGCUGGACCAGUUCAGAUUGAGGGCAGGAUCCCUCACAGAACCCACCCUGUCACGAUCUCAUCUGGACACAUCAGCUGAGCUCCGAUUCUCGUUGGGAUCUCUGGCUGAAACCCAGUCGGACCACUACCGCUCAGCCAAGGUCAUCCGGCGGCCGAGGAGAGGUCGAGUGGGUCUGCAUGAAACCAAGGCUAAAUCUCUGGGGGAGCAUGAGUGGCGCUCGCAGCAGCUCGGGGUUUUGGGCCAUCACUUCGAGAGCGACACGGAGAUGUCGGACAUCGAUGACGACGACAGGGAAACGAUGUUCAGCUCCAUGGACAUGCUCUCACCCGGCGGACACUCUGAUGCACAAACGUUGGCCAUGAUGCUGCAGGAGCAGCUGGACGCUAUCAACAAGGAGAUCCGGCUGAUUCAGGAGGAGAAGGAGUCGACGGAGCUGCGGGCGGAGGAGAUUGAAAACCGGGUGGCAAGUGUCAGCCUGGAGGGCCUGAACCUGGCUCGCAUGCACCACCACGGAGCCUCCAUCACCGCCUCAGCCACCGCCUCCUCCCUCGCCUCCUCUUCCCCGCCCAGCGGACACUCCACCCCCAAGCUGGACCCUCGAAGCCCCGCACGGGACAUGGAGCGCAUGGGGGUCAUGACACUGCCCAGUGACCUGAGGAAGCACAGGAGAAAGAUAGCAGCGGUGGACGAGGACGGCCACGAGGACAAGGCCACCAUCAAGUGUGAGACGUCCCCCCCCACCACGCCCCGCACCGUCAGAAUGACACACACACUGCCAGCCUCCUCGCACAACGACUCACGAGGGAUGGGGUCCUCUCUGGAGGCGGAGGGCGGCAGCGUUGGCAGCAGCCAAGACUCCCUGAGCAAGCAGCCAAAGAAGAAGGGCAUCAAAUCCUCCAUCGGACGGCUCUUUGGCAAGAAGGAGAAGGGCAGGAUGGGACAUAUGGCACACAGACAUGUCAUGGUAGAUCCACAAGCCACCAUGAUGGACCCAGACUCGGGCCAGGAGAUGGGCGUGGGGAAGCUGGGCACUCAGGCUGAGAAGGACCGCAGGUUAAAAAAGAACGGUGGUUAUUCUCGGAACAGAGAGCAGACCCAACCCAGAAGACCUGAGACUCCUGGAUGCUUCAUAGUGAUGGAACACGAGCUAUUGGAGGAGGCCAGGAGAAAGGGUUUACCUUUCGCCCAAUGGGACGGUCCCACAGUUGUAGCCUGGCUGGAGCUGUGGUUGGGGAUGCCGGCCUGGUACGUGGCGGCGUGUCGAGCCAACGUGAAGAGCGGAGCCAUCAUGUCGGCGCUGUCUGACACGGAGAUCCAGAGGGAGAUCGGGAUCAGUAACCCGCUGCACCGCCUCAAGCUGCGCCUGGCCAUCCAGGAGAUGGUCUCCCUCACCAGCCCCUCGGCCCCGCCCACCUCCAGAACCGCCUCAGGCAAUGUGUGGGUCACCCAUGAGGAGAUGGAGACCAUGGCCGCCCCCUCCAAAACGAAGUCAAGCUCUGAAGAGGGAAGCUGGGCACAGACUCUAGCCUAUGGUGACAUGAACCAUGAGUGGAUAGGGAACGAGUGGCUGCCCAGUCUCGGACUACCUCAGUACCGCAGCUACUUCAUGGAGUGCCUGGUGGACGCCCGCAUGCUGGACCACCUCACCAAGAAGGACCUGAGGGUGCACCUCAAAAUGGUGGACAGCUUCCACAGAACAAGUUUACAGUAUGGAAUCAUGGGUCUAAAAAAGCUCAACUAUGAUAGGAAGGAACUUGAGAGACGCAGGGAGUACAGCCAGCACGAAAUGAGAGACGUGCUGGUGUGGAGCAAUGAGCGGGUGAUCCGAUGGGUGCAGAGCAUCGGUCUGAGGGACUACGCCAACAUCCUGCUGGAGAGCGGAGUGCACGGAGCUCUGGUCGCCCUGGACGACAACUUCGACUACAGCAGCCUGGCUCUGCUGCUCCAGAUCCCCAACCAAAACACUCAGGCACGUCAGAUUCUGGAGCGAGAGUACAACAACAUGCUGGCGCUGGGCACCGACAGGAGACUGGACGAGUGUGACGACAAAGACUUCCGCGGCCCGUCGUGGAGGCGGCAGUUCCCCCCUCGGGACGUUCACGGUAUAAGUAUGAUGCCCGGCUCGGCGGAGACCCUCCCUGCUGGAUUCCGCCUCACCGCCUCGGCUGGUCACCCCCGGAGGUUACCCCACGAGGUCCUGUAUGAGGCACUGGAUGACAGCCCUGACGACAUGUAUUUGGAUUGGUUUCAAGGUCAGCUUCGCCCCUCUGAGGGUCCCGGGCUUGUUGGCCCUGCGUGUCGUUUUAUUUUACAUAAUCUCCCUCCUCUUCACAUCUACCAACCUCUGUCCGGCUGUUUCUUUUACCCCUUCUCUCUCCCUCUCUACUAAUCUUGAAUCUCCGAUAUCCAACUCCACGGGUGUUGUUUUGCAAAGAAGCACAAUAGUUGUUUAGUCACCCUGGUUGUUAAGUUAUGAAUGAACCUGCUAGUGUAACCCUUGCAGUGACUGAGCAGCAGAACAAAAGGCGGCUGAGCGGUGCUAUGUAACAGCGCCUGGAUCAGGAGGUUACCAUCAGGAACUCAGACCGACAGUUUAUCAUCCCUCUGUUAAAAGAGGACACUGGCUGAAUGGGCUUCAUUACAGGAUGAUUCCAAUACCAAGCACAACUUUGUUUCUGCCAUCAUUUCAGUUUUUUUUUUUUCUUACAGUACUUUGUAUUCAAGUAAUUGUUGAGAACACAGCAGCACUGCAGGAAACAGAAUCACACAGGUUUUUAACUACAGACCAGAUUUUAUACGCCACUGCAUUUAAGGUACAUUUAAUUUAAGUGCACCUAAACUAUAUUAAAACAGUAAUAACAGUUAUGACAAAGCUUCCUGACAACAGCUUUUUUUUCUCUCUUACGAACUAAUACUUCUUUCAUUUUUUUUUUAAACCUAUACUGUAUGAAAGUCUGACAUCCAACUUCUUUCAGGCAAUGUCUCCGUAUUCCUAGGUCACAGUAUAAAAACUGAAGUUCAAAGUUUAGUUAGUACAAUGGAAAAAACUACUAAUAGAAGAUAAAAUACUAUCAACUUAAUGUCUUCUUACUCCCUUGUUUUGGAGCCUUCAACCACAUUGUUAAAGUAAAGAUCCAAGUUAUAAUGACCUGGAAAUGAUGCUCUAAAGGGAUGCACGGUGAAUUAGAAAGUCUCUUUACAAAUGAUGCCACCAGAGUUGUGAUACCUGACUGGAAAUCCUCCUGCUGAUUCCGGACAGUGUUCUCCUCUAACACUGUGUCCCCACUGACACUGAAACAGCCUCCCUGCCCCCGUCCCCUAGUCUCUAUCUCUGUGCUCCCCGGUCUGUGACGUCCACAAAACACUCAAAGUCUUGUUGCUGCUGUUAUCCACUCAAAAUGAAGACCCCCUUUCUUUGAGUGCGUGAUACAGGGCCUCCUCCUCUGAGGGCGAUACAACAAGUGGUCUCAAUGUGUGAGAAAGGUGCCUUUGAGGGUGGUGGUCAAGUGGAGGAAUGUUUCCUCCUCUCUCAAUCUUUAGUGGUGCAGUGAUGACGUAUGAAAACAUUUCAAUUGUUAAUUUAAUUUUUCAAAAAUUAAGAUCUGUGGCAAACACACGCUUAUGAUGCUUACACAUGUUGAUCAUCAGGAUAAACUGCCCAAAUUAACACCACUUUAUAAGCUAUCAUUAGACUAUAAACCAACUACAUCACACUAUGCUAAGCUAAAGGCGGCUAAUGUUCAACGUGAUGAGGUUUAGUUUCAUUUAACCACUUGUAACAGUAGCAACCGCCAUGACACAUGGAGGCGUUGGUAUUCACGGGUGAGUUAUUUACUGAUGUAUUUAACCUUGUGUUAACCACAGAUCUUACUUACGACAUCUAACCAAAUUCACAUUCCAAAAAUGUUGAAUUUGAGGCAAGGGAUUCCAGAAGUGGUCAAAUGCUGACUCAAUCCCAGUUUUACGACUCAUUCCUGCACCACCACUGUAUAAAGAGUAUGCUCUAACAUGUAGUAACAUGUACUCAAAGCCCUUUCUCCCCACCCCACAGUGGGAUCGGCCACGGUGCAGCGGAUGGACACCUCCACGGUGAGAACCUACUCCUGCUGAGAGGAGGAAGAGAGGCCCCUAAACUGUACGCUGUAUGUAACACAACACAGACUCUCGCUCUGUUAAAUGCUCUCCUCAGAAGUACUAGAUGAAAGAGAAGAAGGCCAAUUGUUUCCCAAAGAUAAGUGUUUGUCUCAUUGACGCUGGUGCAGUGAUUUUGCCAGGGAGCCGUGAUGAGGUGCAGCUCGGCUAGCAGCUCGGCUAUGCUAGCAGCGGUCCUUUUCAGUCAGUCACGGCCCAAGCUUUAGAAAUCUGCUUCAAAUCCAUGCCGUUCCUUCAGUACCUUACACAGAGACUCGUUAACAAAGGUUAUGAGUUCACACUCCUAAAAAUAGGCCCUGUGAGAUUUAUCCAGACUUUCCACAUUACAAAGGGAGCUUGCCCUAGAUGUAUUUGUAAUGGUUUACUUUGUACUGCCAGGUGCAGUGGAAAUGUGACAUCUCACGCAGGUAUUUGCUUUAAUUUGCUGCACUAUUUGACUCUGCUGUUUCUCUGCAUCUGUAGUGACAACCUGAUGCAAAAGGGAACAGAAGCUAUGUUCAACACCUGCCUGCCCCCUCAUUCACUGGCUCAUUGUACUCUAAAGUGAGCAGUAAAUAGAGAUGUUGUGCCCUUUCUGAUAUAGCUUUUUUAAGUUUAGCCACCCAACAAGCAUGUUAACAAUGACAACAUGUAGAAAGCUACUGAUGGAAUAGCAAGAUAGUAUUCCAGAAGUAUCAUAAGAUAGAGUCCCAUCAAAAAAUAUGAUACACUUCCAUGAAAAAUAACAGACGUAGACGCUAUCAAAAAACAAUGGGGAAUUCCCCGGGCAGAAUAUGGCUGUCGUCUUUAACAGGAAAGCCUGACUCCAUGGCAACGUUGUUAAUCACCAUUAGAGCCCACCUCAGUGGGGGGGCACUGGAGCCCUGUGCUCCUCCCUCUUGAUCCAGAAUGACGCAAUGGAGAAAUCUCUCUGUGAAGAAGUGACCUCCCAAACUCCAGCCAGGAGCAUGCUAGUGGGUACCUGGCCUCAGGUCCUAGCUGGGUUAGCUUACUCCCAUCUCAACAACAACUUUUUAGUAUCAUCGUAUAAUAAUGAUAUAGUGCUUUGACUGCAGGGUUAUUGUAUAAGACAGGAGUGUUAGGACAAUAAAUAACACAACAGCUAAGGGUAGAGAUACAAUGUGGAAGCACAGGCAGGGAGAGUUUGUGUGAGUUACAUAUUCAUGACAUUUUUUUGUUUAGUUCCUGGAGAAUUUGCUCAUUCCUUGAAGCACCCUGUGGGCUGUUUCUAAGGAUUUCAUCAGCUUAACUACUCCCACACAGCAAAAAAGAGACAAUAUAGUGCAACGAUUAGUGAGAGCAAAGGGCGUAGUUCUGGUAGAGAACACGUGCGUAGAAAACAAAAACUGAUUCUUCUUUUUGCACACAGGAAUUUUUACCAGUCAGCCUGUAAAUAUUUAUAUUGUUCAGUGCAACAUUUGAAGAGGCCCUUAAAAAAAUAUUCUAGUAUGAUUUCCUCACUUCCUUCAUUUCGUACACUUUUUAUACAUACAGUAUUUACUUAAAAGUUUAGAAAAUCACUGUUCACUGUUGAGAAUUACAAUAUGUUGCUAAUGCUAGUGCUUCCAAAGUCGUAUUCAAUUAGUAAUAGUAGUAGGCUAUGUUGAAACAAAUAAUUGACAGUCAUUUUUUUAAUAAACUGAUCAUUGUAUCGUUUGUCAUAAAAGAUCAUGUAUAAUGUUUAAUAAUAAAGUUCUAGCAUAGUAUGUGGAAAAAAUCCCCAAAUUAUGUCUAGAAAAAUUAUUUUAAAGUAAAUAAACGUCAUAGUAUAGUUUGUUAAAAAAAAACUCAAAUGACAUUAAAAAGUAUAGUAUUUCAUACAGAAAUGAGUCAAAACUCACAUUCCAUACUGUUCAAAAGAUAUAGUAGCAUUUUAAUAUCUUACUUUAAUUUACAAUCUACCAUCGAAGUUACCUUCUAAGCUAUACGCCAUAAUGAGCUACAACAACAUGUCACUUAAUUGACAUAAUACAGAUUUCCAAUCAGAGUCUUGGAAUGGUAUAAUUUAGGAUUUUCUUUUUAAAUCACACCGACUCACCAGUGCCUCGUUGAAAACUCCACACUCUCCCCCCCUCAGGUACAGUUCUGAUCGGAGGUGAACCAGUGGAGCUGCUGGACGGGCCAACAUGCCGAGGAACAAACUCUCUGACGACACGCACUGCCAAGAAGCCCUGCUCCCCUCUCUGCCCCCCCUCCUUCCCUCCUCUCCCCUCCUCCCCUCCCUAUAACGUGGGCACCAGAUGCCGGUGCUAAACUGUCCCGCAGGCUGCUCCGUUGUCACCGUUUCUACCUUUUACAUGUACAGUAACUUGUCGAAGCAUAACGUACUGUGUAUUUCUUCUACAGGAGAUGUGUAGGUUAUCUGUAAAUAAAUGCCAUUUUUUAAAUAUAUAUAUACACACAUCUAUGUAUAAAAAAAGAUAUUCAGAGUUUGUGCAAAAAAACGUCCCUGCCACCUCAUUUAGUGGACCAUAGAUUAAUAUAUGCUGCUCUUUUAAAUGUGUUCAUAUUACCCCGCCCUCUUAGAUCAUUUUGUACAUAUGGUUUUAUUUUUUCAUUGUGCUGCUGAUGAUGAAACAGAGAGGAUGGAUGUGAAAACCUGCCCUCUAGUGGUGCACAAAAACCACUCUGAGCCCCAUUUCUGACACCAACAACACUUCACUCUCCUUUUUAUGCACUUGCUGCCAUAAAAAGGAGCAUUUUAAGAGAACAUGACAAGCACUUUGAUACAACCGCAUCAACUCAACAGACUUUUAGUAGCCAAGGACAAAACAAGAGCUCCGAAGUUGCACAAAACUUCAUCUCAGAGAACAAAAGAGAAAAGCAGGACGUCAUUCAUAGAACCUGUCACUUGUUGUACUGUAUGUUUUGUCGGGCGAUACAUUAACACACUCUGGCCUUCUCCCCCCCCUCCCCCCCAGACAUUACGUUGACAUAGGAAAUAACUGAAAGACAGACUGCUUUAGCUCAUAGUGUGCGUAGAGUGUAUAUGACCAUGUUGAUGAAGUGAGGUGACAUUUAAUGACUGUUGCUUGCUGUGACUUACAUCGGUGUAACUGUUGACUCUUUGUUUCUGUCGGAGUUCUCAGGGCAACCUAUUGUACGGCCCUGUUUUCUGUCUUUUAGUUAUCUCUGAUGGACCACUCGGAACAAAAAGUCUCACGCUUUUGAUUUGUUUUUACAUCUUCAAUUUGCACGAACGAUGAAUCAUUUUAUUUUGUGUCCAUUCUUUUUUAUUUAUUACUUCUUGUACUUUGUCAAAACUAAGUGGUGAGCAAGCAAAUUUUCAUUGUCAAUAAAAGAAAAACUACUGUCA